AUGGAGUACAAGGUGGUGAACACGUACGGUGGCGUGUUGUCAUGGUCGGUGAGUGAGAAGGUGGCAAUCACGUCGUUCGGGGACCGUGAAGUGAGAGAGGGUGGAGUGGCAUUCCAUCAUGACGGUGAGUGGCAUCAGCAAAGUGCUCUCCUCGCUUUUGGCCUUACUCUUCUUCCUCCUCCUCCUCCUCUUCUUCUCUUGUAG